AUGGAUUCCAGUACGUCCAAGUACGGACUGUUGACACCACCCCGUAUGUGGUCAUCCUACCCUGCCCGGGCACGACAACCAGAGGGCCAAAGACGUGUGGGCAGUCAGCUAGAGAGCACCAGGGCCAAUUCCAGCUCAACGGCGGCGGCGGCAGCAGCAGCCGCAUCAGCCGCAGCCCCAAGUGUCACCCCUGGUUCUGGCCGUAGUCCGCGCACCUCAAUUUUCAGCUUCGGUCGGAGCAAGCCAACCACGCCUCGACCCAACGACUCAGCAUCUUGGGAGCCGCCUUCCUACGAAGAGUCUCAACAAAGCGCACGAGCGCCACCACACUCCAACACAUCUGCCCAAUCGUCCACCGGCUCGCCCAACGAUGAUCGCUUUGCCUUUCUCGCAGACUUUGACACCAUCUUCCUCGUCGACGACAGCGCCAGCAUGAGCGGAACCCGCUGGAAGGAAGCCGAGAAAGCCAUCUCGGCCAUUGCCCCCAUCUGUACCCAACACGACGCAGACGGGAUCGACAUCUACUUUCUCAACCACCGCAACCACACGAAUGAGUCCAGCGCAGGCGCUUACACCCACGUCACCAGCGCAUCCGACGUCCGCACGAUCUUCCGCAGUGUCCGACCCGGAGGCUCGACCCCGUUAGGCCAUCGUCUCCACCAGAUCCUGUAUCCGUAUCUCUGGCGUGUACAGGCCAUGCAGACCUCUCCCGCUACAAACGGCGGCCAAAUUGACCCAGCAACCUACGUCAAGCCAGUGAAUAUCAUCGCCAUCACGGAUGGCGAGUUCACCGAUGACGCCGAAAGCAUCAUCAUACGGGUUGCGCAGACUCUGGAUCAUGUAGGUUGCUUGCCGUGGCAAGUGGGCAUCCAGUUCUUCCAGAUCGGAGAGGAUGAGAGAUUGAGACAGUAUCUGCAGGAGUUGGAUGAUGAGCUGGGGAACCGGAGCCGGAAUGGAAAGAUGCGAGAUAUUGUGGAUACGGUGCCGUGGCGCGGCAGAUCGGGCCAGAGACUUGAUGCGGAAGGGAUCUUGAAGUGUGUGUUGGGUGCGGUGAACAAGAAGUAUGAUCGACGAUCGGUGCAGUAG